CCGGAAAUAAGGUCAACCGGCGGGAAGUUGAAAGUUUGAUUAUUUCAGAAAAUAUAUAACCAAUAACCGGGUGAAAGUAAGUUUAUUAACUGAGAGACAUGUUUUAUUUAAGGGCAGCGACAGACAAAGGAUUGUGAUUAACAACGUUACACCAGGUAUCAGUGGCUCGGUGAGACUAACUGAGAUUAGCCGCAGCAGCUAGCUUGUUGUUGUGAUGGCGGACAGGAGUCUCGUCCAGGAGCUGAGGCGAUGGGCGACAGAAGAGUUCAACCUGCCCCCGGACAGUCUGCCAAAUGACAGCUACUUCAAAACGCUCUGUGUUGGGACAGGGAAGUCAAUAUGGAAAUAUGCCAUCGAACACGUCUUCCAUCAGAGGAACGUGAGGAUCAUGCGUGGGAAUCUGCAGUGGUACAAAGUACUCCAGGACAAAGAGCUAAAGCAGACUGAGGGCCAGAGUGAGGCUGCAAAGCAGAGAGAGCUUCAGAGGAAGAUCGAGCAGAUGAAGGCUGAGAUCAGUCACCUGGACUCACAGAUCAGUGGAACCGAGGAACAGCUGGCCACACAAGAACAAUCUAUCAGUCGUACCUGGUCCCAGGUGGAGGAUAGUCGGCGCAGAGAGCUGCUCCUCCAGGCCUUCAGGCAGCGCUGUGUCCUGGGCUGCAAUGUGCUGUCUGAUGAUACACAAAAGAUCAGUGUGCACUGUCAGGCACUGGAACAGAUGGCCAGGAAAGCAGAGAUUGAGGUUCUGUUUGAUAAGUCUUCAAGUAGCAGUGAUGGUGACAACCUCAACUCCAAAUCCACCUCGGAAGCGCAAGUCAUGCGUGAAGUCAGAGAGCUGUGCGACGACAGGGUCCACUUCUAUCAGUCUUUACAAGAGAGUGAACUGAAAACGGGGCACUCAGCAGCCAAACAUAUGACCCGUGAACAGAGGACUGCCAUGUUUCAGUACUGGUUGAGUGCUGUGGAGAACGUGUUGGGUGGUUACCCUCCAAACCAUGUUCUGUCAGCAUUACAAUAUUUGGCUUCCAGAGAACAGAAGGAACUGGAGGACAAACUGGCUUCUCUGAAUGUGACUCGGGAUGUGACAGCUCUGCGGUUCCGCUAUGACAGCAAUCACCUGCUGGACUUGUCAGCAGAAGAGGAUAAUGAGUUGCCCCCGGUCAAGACCCUCUUACAGGAUGCUUGGGAGGAUGUCGAGCAAAGUUUGGUGGAACUGGCCCAGACUCGCUCCAGAGUCCAGCAGCUCAAAAAUCAACUGCAGGCCCGCAAGAAGGAGGCUGAGCUGGAAGUGUCUUGCAUUGCUGAUGAACUCAACAAUGACACUUUGGCGAUGUCCGUUGUAGAGCUGGAACUCCAGGGUGUGAUGAAGGCAGCAGCCAGAGAUCACAUCAGAGAUCGCUGUGUGCAACUGGACCAACACGCUAGAAGCCGCCAGGAGGCUCUCAGAAACCUCCGCAGCCAGUGGCAAAGCAUUCUGGACUUCAGACAGCUGGUGGUUCUCAGACAGGAGGAGAUCAGAAGUCUGAUUAAAGGGAACUCCACGGCCAAGACAGAGUUCAUCCACCUGCACAGAGAGUUACAGGAUUUCCUCCAGAAUAAGCUGGUGCCACAGUUUGAUGACGUCACUGCUGCAGCCAACAGCCUAAGGAACUCUAUUUCAAAAGAUGCCAGACAGUUUGGAAUGGUUUCCCUCUUUGCUCUGGACCGCAGGACUGUUGAAGGAAUGCAGAGAAUCCCUGCAUCAUCCCUGUCCAUCCAUCGCCUGCAGUCCUCAUCCUUCAGUAGCAUGUGUCAGAGCCUGGCCUUCCCACUGUACAAGGCUCCAGAGGAUUUGUGUUCACACGCUCGCUCUCAGCAGCUUGAGUUACGUUUCCUCCGUCAGUUAUUGCAACUUCACUCUGCUACUCUUCAGAAAAUACAGAAGGAAACAGAAAUGUUGCAUGCAUCUGAUCAAAAAGCCUUGCUGUCCAGAGUUGUACAGGAGGAUCAGAAGCUUCUGAAGAGUCUGGUACCAAGAGUCCGAGGCCUCACCCAACGUUGUGCACAGGGGAUAGCCUAUGGAGACCAAGUCAAAACAGCCAUCUCAUACUGGUGGGAUCAACCAGUCCAGCAUGUCCUCCCUGAAGCCAGUAAAGGAGGAAUGACUUUUAAACAGUGGCUUCAAAGAUGGAAAAUAGCUGCCAAUGCCUCCUAAAGGACACCUCAUCGUAAAUAUAAAGGAGGUCCCUAUAAGCACCUCUCAGAUCCAUAGGUCAUGUCUAAUCAGUUUGAUUAGGUAUUAAUGUGUUAUGUUGUGUUCACCAUUAAAAUAUAAUAUCAAC